UCUGAGAUCGGCACUCACGACAAGUGGACAAUUGUUAACCACUUAUCGGCCGUCGAGUAUCUAAACUAUGAAGACUCGAAGUUCUCGAAGAGUAGAGGCGUCGGUGUAUUCGGUGACAACGCGAGGGACACUGGAAUACCGUCCGAUAUCUGGCGCUUCUAUUUGCUGUAUAUUAGGCCCGAAUCACAGGACACGACAUUCAGUUGGACUGAUUUGAUGAACAAAAACAACUCAGAAUUGUUGAACAAUUUGGGAAACUUUAUCAAUAGAGCGCUUGUCUUCAUUAACAAUAACUUCGAUUCAACGAUUCCUGAAAUGACAUUCCAGUCGUCGGAUAAGACACUGUUGGCCAGAAUUAACAGAGAAUUAGUGCAUUACUUUGAUUUGAUGGACAAAAUCAAACUCAGAGAUGGUAUUCGACACAUACUAAACAUUAGUAGAAUUGGUAAUCAAUACAUUCAGGCAGCGAAACCCUGGGAACUCAUCAAAAAGGGACCCCAAGAGAAAGCUCGUGCGGCCACUAUAAUGGGUUUGGCAGCGAAUGUAUCGGCUCUCCUAUCAGUGCUGAUCACACCCUAUAUGCCCAACACUUCGGCUGUCAUUCAAAACCAAUUGAAUGUCAAAAUUAAUUUAUUACCGAAAGAUAAUAGAUUUCACUGUAUUCUGAAGUCCGGGCAUAAAAUAUCAAAGGCUGAGCCACUGUUCAAGAAGUUGGAGGCGAAGGAAAUCGAGUCAUUGAAAGAGCGUUUCAAAGGCAAACAGGAGAAGACAGCGGAGACCAACGGUACCCCCGAAGCGGAUCCCUUUGAAGGUCUGACCAGUGAUGAGCUGAACGCGUGUCUCACAACACAAGCCGAUAAAGUGAGACAAUUGAAGAGUCAAAAGGAACCGAAACCAGUGAUCGAGAAAGAAGUGAAAAUUCUAUUGGAUCUGAAGAAACGGUUGAGUUUACUCUCUGGGAAUAUACCGCAGAAUAAUCUAACAAAUAGUAAGAUUAAGAAGAAAUAA